AUGUAUAACUACGCGCGAGUUUUUUUUUUUUUUAAUUCGAUUUCUCUUUCAUUUUUUAUUCACCUUUUUCUUUCUUUCUUUUUUCUUACUUUCUUUAAUAUUUUCUUUUUUUUAUCUAUUUCCUUUGCUCUUUCUAUUUUUUUUUCUAUCUUUCUUGAACAUUUUCAUUUUUCGCCAAGUCACUUAUUUCUUCACUUUUUUUUUUCAUUCUUUCAUUCUUUUCACUUUCGUUCUGUUUUCUUUCUUUUCAUUUUUACUCAUCUUUUUCUUCUUUCUUUUAUAUAUUCUUUUUUUCACUUUUCCUUUUUUCAUUUAUUGAUUUUAUUCACCUCUUUCUUUCUUUCUUUCUUUAAUAUUUUCAUUUUUUCAUUAUUUUCUUUUUUGCAUAUAUUCAUUUUUUUCAUUAUUUUUCAUCUUUUUAUUUCUUUCUUUCUUUUUUUAAUAUUUUUCAUUUUUCAUUUCUUUCAAAUUUCAAUUUUUAUUUAUUUUCUCUUUAAUAUUUUUUUAUUUUUCAUUUUUAAUUUUUUAAGUUUUAAUUUUUUCAAUUUUUCAAUUUUAUUUCACCUUUUUCUUUUUUUCUUAAUUCUUUCUUUCUUUCUCUUUGUUUUUUCUUCUUUUUCUCUAGUUCUUUUUUCUUUUCUUUUCUUAUUCUUUUCACUUUCGUUCUGUUUUCUUUCUUUCACCCUUUGUUUCAAUUUUAAUCUUUUUCUCUGUUCUCACUAUUUCUUCGGUACUCUUUCUUUCAUUCAUUCUCUUCACUUUAUUUUGCUUUUCUUAAUUUUAUCACUCUUUCCUUUCUUUCAUUCUUUUUCAUUGUAUCUCUUGUAA